AUGUCUUCAGGCGUUCCUCACUACAUGUGGAUGGGCAUAUUGGAAGUUAGUGAAGACAAGCGACCUCAUUCGAAGAAGGAAGAGUUCAAGCGACCUCAUCCAAAGAAGGAAGAAUCCAAGCGACCUCAUUCGAAGAAGGAAGAAUUCAAGCGACCUCAUUCGAAGAAUGAAGAUUUCAAGCGACCUCAUUCGAAGAAGGAAGAAUUCAAGCGACCUCAUUCUGAGAAAGAAGAAUUCAAGCGACCUCAUUCGAAGAAUGAAGAAUCCAAGCGGCUUAAUUCGAAAAAAGCAUCACCAAAGUCCCACACUGCCGAAUUUUCCAAGAAAAUGAGUUGUAAGUGA